AUGGAUGGGACUGCUAUGGAGAAGGGGAAUGAGGGAAUCAGUGAUGACAGUCAAGGUGCUAUAUUUGAGUCUGAUUCUGAACAUGAUGAUGUUGAUGAUGUUGGUACUGGUGGUAAUGCUACUGAGAUAAACAUUAUGGAAGGUGCUACAUUUAGAGAUGUCAACCAUUUUAGGGCACAUUUACAGGAUUUUGUGAUUCAGGAAGGGUUUCAAAUUGUGAGACAAAAAAAUGAGAAAGCAAGAGUAACUGUUAUAUGCAAGGAAAAGGGUUGUACAUGGAGAGUACAUGCUUCACCAAUAGCCGAUGGGAUCACAUAUAUGAUUAAGACAUUCAAUCCAAAGCAUACAUGUAUCAGAGACUUAGACAAUAAGUCUGCUACAUCAAAGUGGAUAGCUGAGAAGAUUUCUCCAUCACUUAUGUCUAACCCAUGCUUAACUGUCAAGGAUUUGGUUAUAUCUGUGAGGCAAAAUUUCAAAAUCAACAUUCUUUACAAGAGGAUGUGGAGGGCACGUAAUAUGGCAAUUGAAAUAAAUGUUGGGAAAUAUAACCUGUCUUAUGCAGGACUUCCUAAUUAUGGGGAUUUGAUUUUACAAAAGAUGCCUGGUUUCAUUAAAGGAUGCAGACCAUUUAUAGGUCUUGAUGGUUGUCACCUAAAGGGUAGGUAUGGUGGAGUGCUUUUGGCAGCUGUUUCUGUUGACGGAAAUAAUGGUUUGCACACAGUUGCUUAUGGUGUUGUUGAGGUCGAGUCUCUUGGAGAUAGCAGUGUAGACCUGUCUCCGACAUUCAUACCAGACAGGCAAAAGGGACUAUCUGAUGCCAUUACUACAUUUUUCUCACAAGCUCAUCAGAGAGUUUGUUGUAGACAUUUAUAUCAGAACUUCAAGUCCAAAUAUCCAGGUAUUUUAUUAAGAGACCAUUUUUGGGCUACUGCACGUGCAUAUACUACUGUCCAUUUUGAAAGAGAGAUGAAGGCUAUCAAGGAAAUUAAUUCAGAAGCAUAUGACUGGUUGGAUAUCCAACCCCCAAAGAUAUGGUCUAGGCAUGCAUUUGACAUCAGAGCUAAGAGUGACCACAUUACAAACAACACAGCUGAAUCUUUCAACCAAUGGAUAUCAAAGUGUCAAGAAGUAUAUGGAUACAUACGAGGAUAUGAUCCAACCGCUUCUAGAUUUGACUGA